AUGGACCAGGACAUUACCCAGCAGGCCGUCUACCUGCACCUGGUGUCCACCCCCAAGAAGCCGGAGUCCCCGGAGUCGGCGCCCAUCUCCCAGUCCCCCCCGCCGGAGAAGCGCCCCCGCGUGCUGGGCAUCGGUGUUGAGGGCGGCUUCCCCGCCGACGAGCCUGCCAUCGUGUAUGAGGAUCACCAUCGCUUGGUGUUUGCCCCGGACUUUGAUGGUCCCUCGGUGCCGUUCCCUUGCGCGGACAUUCCGGCCGAUGUGACGGCCGCCCUGGAGGCCAUUCUCAAGGCCACCAGCGCUGGCACCCAGCAGCUCGUCGACACCUGGGUGGCCGACCAGUCGAUCGCGGUCUCCAAGUUCGCCGAAAAUCUGGAGCAGCUGGACAACGGCGUGCGCGUGCCGCCCACCGGGUGGAAGUGCUCCAAGUGCGACCUAACCGAGAACCUGUGGAUGAACUUGACCGACGGGGCCAUCCUCUGUGGCCGGCGCAACUGGGAUGGCACCGGUGGCAAUGGCCACGCGCUGGAGCACUUCGAAGCCACGCGGUAUCCCCUGUGCGUCAAGCUCGGGACCAUUUCCUCCAACAUGGACGGCAUCGAUGUGUAUUCGUAUGCCGAGGAUGACAUGGUCCGGGUCCCGGCGCUGGCCCGCUACCUGGCGCACUUUGGCAUUCGCGUGCAGGACAUGACCAAGUCCGAGAGCACCAUCUCCGAGCUGGAGAUCGAGCGCAACAUGCAGCUGGACUUCGACGUCAUCCAGGAGUCCGGGCAGAAUCUGCAGCCGCUCUAUGGGCCGGGCUUCACCGGCUUGAAGAACUUCGGCAACAGUUGCUAUCUCUCCAGCGCCCUGCAGGCGCUCUUCCAUACGGACCCCUUCGCGCGGGCUUACUUCGGCGCCGACAACAUGCGUGAGAGCCUGGCCCGCAUGGCCAGCCUCGUGUCGCUGGAGGGCAAGAAGACCGCUAUGGCCAAGGCUGCUCAUGGACUUCUCUCUGGUCGCUACUCGCCGGCUGACAAGACCAGCCUCGGGCCCGAUGGUGCCAUCGCGCCAGUCACCCUCAAGACGCGCCUCGGUCGCGGGCAUGCCGAGUUCUCGACUGGGCAACAGCAGGAUGCCAUGGAGCUGAUCCACCACCUGCUGGAGUCCCUGGGGCAGGAGCGCCAACGCCUGGACACAUUGAAGCCGGCGGCCCUGAUGCCGCAGCUCCUGCCGGAGCCGCACACCCGGCUGCAGUUCCAGCUGGUCAGCAAGCUCCAGUGCAUGCAGUCCGAGCAGGUCAAGUUCACCACAGUGACCGAGAACUGCCUGAGCCUGCACAUUCCGCUGAGCAAGGCGGAUGCCGUGGCCGCCGAGCCGGGCGCCCCGGCCGCCGAGCGUCCGGUCGUGCCGCUGCUCUCCUGUCUGUCCGCUCUCAACGAUGUGGACGUCAUCGAGGAUUAUCUGUCGCCGGUCACAAAGGCCCGCGGCCCGGCUACCCAAUUCGCCAGCAUGCUGAACUUCCCGGAUGUGCUGGUGCUGCAAAUGCAGCGCUUCGCGGUCGACGACAACUGGCAGCCGGUCAAGGUGGACGCGCUGAUCGACGUGCCCCUGACCCUGGACCUGGGGUUCCUGCGCGGUACGGCCACCCCCGGCCCGGGGGAGACCCUGCUGCCGGAGGAGGAUGACAGCAAGGCUUCGGACGGCGGGGCGGACAAGUCGCCGGCCGCGACCGGGCCACGCUUCUCCCCUGCCGAGGAGGCGGUCAUUGCUCAGCUUCUGGAUCUGGGCUUCGGGGUGAACCCCAGCCGUCGGGCGGUGGUGGCCUGUCGGUCGACCGCCGGCGGCGUGCCGGUCACCAUCGAGCAGGCCACCGACUGGUACUUGAGCCACAUGGACGACAUGGACUUUGACCAGCCGCUGCCGGAGGAGGACCCGGCACCGGCCGGGGCGGUGGCCGAUGCCGCCCCGGGCCCGGCCCUGGACGACGAGUCCAUUGCCAUGCUCAUGUCUCUGGGCAUCGAGCGGAAUGUGGCCGAGCGGGCCCUGCGCGAGUGCGGCGGCGACAUCGAGCGCUCGGCCGAGUGGAGCUUCACCCACGGGCACGACAUGCCGCCGGAGGCGCCGCCGAAGAGUGGCGGCAAGUCCGGCUCCGCGACCGCCGCCGGGCCUCUGACCGACGGCCAGCCGGUGUACCGGCUGCGGGCCUUCGUCAGCCAUAUGGGCCGGUCCGCGGCCUCCGGGCACUAUGUGUGCCAUGUGCGUGUUGGCGACGAUGACACCGACUGCGACUGGGUCAUCUUCAAUGACAGCCAUGUUGCCCUGAGCCAAAACCCGCCUCUGAUGCACGGGUAUCUCUAUGUCUACGAGCGGGCCGACUCCUUGGGCCCGGCGCCGACGGCCACCGACUGA